UUCUAUCUAUGAUCUAUGAAAUAAACCAUAGAUAAUAGAUACACAAAGGGUGAUAAAAUGGAAACAAUGAAUGGAAAUAAACCGUGCAAAAUUGACAGCAGCAACAAUUUUUCCUCAGGAAUUUGAGAGAAAUGGAAGAUCGCGGGACUGUAUUACGGGAUUUAAAAAUAUGCAGAUUUUGUUUGGACGAAAAUGGCCCAUUCACGAAUAUAUAUGAGAAAGAUCCUCAGCAAGUUGUUCCACUACCUCUUCAAAUGAUGGCUUGCGUUUCUAUUGAGGUAUUUCCAAAUGAUGGAAUGCCGCAGCUCAUAUGUAGAGCUUGCAGAUAUCAAACACAACAAGCGUACAGAUUUAAAACGACUUGCAAAAAGGCUGACGAUGCGUUGAAAUUAUUUUUAGCAACUGGAAAUUUGGUAAAACCAGCUGAACUAUCAAAUGAGUCAAAAAAGAGAAAUUUGCUUCCUAUCCAAAAUGAAAGUGGUCAUACAAAAAAGUCAAAGACAAAUGAUGGCAAUUCUCCUGUGGUAUAUUCUGUAACAACAGACAAUAAAGAAUCCCAAAGUGAACUUCAAAUAUCCACUAAGGGAGAAAAUGAAACGGAAAUGUUGGAUUUCGAUCAAAAUUCUAAAAACCAAAUUAGCUCAGAAGAAAGUGAAACUCAAGAAGAGGGAAAUGAAAAUUCCAUAACAAAAGUGUCUCAUGUGCGUACAGAUGUUUUUUCAUGUCCACAUUGUGAACGUUCGUUUCCACUACAACAGCUAUUAGAUCUGCACAUGAAGAACCACGAUCGUCAACGCAACUUUGAAUGUGACGAGUGUGGACGUAAAUUUUUUACAAAAUAUGAUCUUGGCAAACAUUUUCAAACUCAUCUGAAUAGUAAACCUUUCACGUGUGUCGUAUGUAGAAAGCAGUUUUCGCGCGAAUCACUUCUUCAUCGACAUGAGAAGAUACAUGUUCAAGCUCCGAAGUACCUAUGCACUGAAUGUGACCGUACAUUUUUGACCAGUGAAGAUUUGGAUGCUCACAUGGAAAGGCAUAAAAAGAGAAGACCAUUCUCUUGUCGAUUAUGUAACAAAAGUUUCGUAUUCAAACAAGGACUUGAGAGACAUGAAUUAAGUCACGCUGAUCAGAAACCACACAAAUGUAAUUAUUGUGAAGCAAGCUUUACUUCUCCACUUAAAUUAACCAGACAUAUCACUUCCCAUGCAGGUUUACGACCGUAUCCGUGUAAGCUGUGCGGUCGUACUUUUCUCCUCAGUCACCAUCUUACGCGACAUAUGCGAAGCCAUUAUGCAGCAAAAUCACCAAACGCCCAACCAAUCGGACAACAUAAAUGCGACAUGUGUAGUAUGUCGUUUCGACGUAAAGAUUCGCUAAUCAAUCACAGUGCGAUCCAUUCGAUGGUUAACUUGAAGUGUGUCAUCUGCAACACUGAAUUUGAGAACGCUAAAAUGGUUAAAGAACACAUCACGACACAUUUGGCAGGUCUUCCAUAUCCUUGUGACAAGUGCGACUAUUCCUUUGAUACGCAAGAUCAGCUUGAGGAGCACGAACUUAAGCAUGCAGAAAUGGAAUACGAAGAACAGAUCGAGAGGGAAGUGACAGAAGAAGCAAUGCAACAACAGCAGCAACGAACCGAUCACUAUAGUGGCAUGGGGGAUGACGGAGACGAAGCGUAUUCUGGCGAAGAAGAUAUUGCAGAGUUCUCCAUCACCAGUGCGGAUAAUCCAGAAAUUAUAAGAAGAUCUAAAAGAGAACGGAAAAUUAAAAAUUUUGCGGACUUCUUAAAAGAUGAACUUGGAUCAGAUAUGGAUGAAGAUGCUUCACAAGACAUACCAAAUAACGAUGAAGAAGAAGACGAAGACGAUCUACUAUAUAAACCUCCGCCUCCUACCACCGUCAAUGAAACCAUUAAACCAGUUGUUCGCACAGAAGGAACUAAAGUAUAUACCCGCAAGAACGCUCCAGAAAAACCAAAGCCAGUGGCUUUAACUACUUUCGUUACACCAACGGCUCAGUCUGCAUCAAUACAACUUCCCACUCAUCAGUUAGAUCAAAUCUCACAACUACCUUUAUUAGAUAACAUGGGUUUGUCUAAAGAUGCGGCAAAUGCAUUUCCACCAAACAAGAACUACGUGGACAUGAAAAUAGGCAACAAGUUGGUCAGGGUUCAGAAGUUAAUUAUGAGUAAAGCAGAAAUUCAAGCGAUGGCGAAAGAAGGCAAAAUUGAAAUGAAAGGGAAUACCAUUUUACUUAAGAAAAAACAGACAUUAAACAGUGUAACCGCACGAACAGCUCAAUCUUUACAAAAUGUUACAAUUGAUUCCAUUUUUCAAGAAGCUGCCGCAAGUGUGGAGCCGUCGAAUGUUCACAGAAAACAACAGAAUAGUUCGAAUAAUGAAAAUGAUAUAUUUGAGGAAGAGCAAGAAGAUCGAAACGAGAGUAGGAUCAAUCAACACGUAAGCGAGGUAUGUAAUUAAAAAUGACGCAGUAAUUAAUAGAAAUCAGGUUUCUAUUACGUCUUAUUUUGUAAAUUAUUUCCAUAUAGCACUAAAGCUUUAUUUGAAUAAGUUGAUUAAUUAAAAUUGCAAUUAUAUUGUAUUAAAGUCAUUAUUUACCUGAUAUUUUGGUUGAUUCAAUAAAAGAAAGGAUUAAUAUAUC